UCAUUGGUACAAUUUUUUAAAAAUGUAACUUAUGUUUUUGAUGUUUCAGCUAUUCAACUAUGGUGAAUUACAGAUGUUAUGUAUGUACGCAAUAAAUAGGUUCUUGUUCUUAACUUGUGAAGGCAUUUUAAUUAAAAGUAAUUGAUAUACCAUAAAUAUUGCUUAUGGCUACUGUCAGGUAUGAAUAUGUAGUCGUUAGAGGGAAGUUCAAUGAGGGCCGUAUGAGUAUAGUUUCUAUCCCAGAUGAUUCAGAAGCUAAAAUGUUGAAGAAACAAUUUUCAGGCCACCAUUUAUCAACGUACAAAGGCAUGAUACGAUUAACCAAACAGCCUGGUGAAGUAGUGAAUUAUUUAGGUCGACUUGGCUAUAAAGUAAUAAGUACUACAAAUACAGAAGGUGAGGUUGUUUGGACAAUGCAGAAGGAGAUCUAAUUGCCAAUUGCCAAGAUAGGUAUUAUUGUUCAGUUUGAUUUAUACCGAAGUGUUCUAGAUAAGUUGUUAUUUUGUACCCAUCUUAUUGCAUUUUAUAUAAUAUUCCACAACAAAAUAUAUUAAUUUGUAUUUA